UGCGCCGCCAUUUUACCCACUUUCACACUGAAUGACGGAGGGAUCGGCGGUGCACCCAUCCCUCUGUUUAUUCACUUUUUUUGUCCUCGCUCCUCCCGUCUCCUCCUCCUGCCUCCCACUGCUGUGCCAGACUGUGGUGAGCAGUCCUCCCCCCCAGCGCUGCUGCUGCUGCUGAGGCUGAGACGCGCUCCCUCUCCGCGGCUCCGCCGGAUUCUCCAUGUAUGGACGCGCACAGGGAUGUGAUGCUGUAGCCUCACCGACGACACAGACAAAAAUACAAGCUGCGGAGACGAGAUUCGAGGAGGCACCAGAAAUCCCCGGCGUCGUUUUGAAUGGACAGGAGAUUCACCCUCUGCGGUUGUCGAGUCUGAGUUGCUGAGGUGUCAGGUAUCCACCAGAUCUCCAGCUCUCCCCAACACCCAGCUGCAAGAUGGCAGGGGCCUCGGUGAAGGUGGCCGUAAGGGUCCGGCCCUUCAACUCCAGGGAGAUUGGGAAAGACAGCAAAUGCAUCAUCCAGAUGACAGGAAACACAACAACGAUCCUGAACCCAAAGCAGCCUAAAGAAAACAAGAGCUUCAACUUUGACUUUUCGUACUGGUCCCACACCACGCCAGAGGACAUCAACUAUGCAUCUCAGGUGCAGGUGUAUAGGGACAUCGGAGAGGAAAUGCUUCUCCAUGCCUUCGAAGGCUACAACGUGUGCAUAUUUGCAUACGGCCAGACGGGAGCAGGCAAAAGCUACACCAUGAUGGGCCGCCAGGAAAAGGACCAGCAGGGGAUCAUACCUCUGCUGUGCGAGGACCUUUUCACCAAGAUCAAUGACAGCAAUAACGACAACAGCAAGUCGUACUCUGUGGAGGUGAGUUACAUGGAGAUCUACUGUGAGCGCGUGCGUGACCUGCUGAACCCCAAAAAUAAGGGAAACCUGCGUGUCAGAGAGCACCCACUCAUGGGACCCUACGUGGAAGAUCUGUCCAAGCUGGCCGUCACCUCCUACAACGACAUCCAGGACCUGAUGGAUUCUGGGAACAAGGCCAGGACCGUGGCUGCCACCAACAUGAACGAGACGAGCAGCCGCUCCCACGCUGUUUUCAACAUCAUCUUUACGCAGAAGAAACACGACAUGGACUCAGAAAACGUGUCAGAAAAGGUGAGCAAAAUCAGUCUUGUGGACUUGGCUGGCAGUGAACGGGCAGACUCAACCGGAGCAAAAGGAACCCGUCUAAAGGAAGGAGCUAACAUUAACAAGUCUCUGACCACACUGGGGAAAGUUAUUUCUGCUCUGGCUGAAGUGGAUUCAGCACCAAACAAGAACAAGAAAAAGAAGAAGGUAGAGAAUUUCAUCCCCUACAGAGACUCAGUUCUGACCUGGCUACUGAGGGAGAACUUAGGUGGAAACUCUCGCACAGCCAUGGUGGCCGCCCUCAGCCCUGCAGACAUUAACUACGAUGAAACCCUCAGUACUCUCCGAUAUGCUGAUCGUGCUAAGCAGAUCCGCUGCAACGCCGUGAUCAACGAGGACCCCAACAACCGGCUGGUGCGUGAGCUGAAAGAGGAGGUGGCUCGUCUCAAAGACCUGCUGUACGCACAGGGCCUGGGAGACAUCAUAGAGAACCUGUGCGAUUAUAAGAACAAUGUGAAUAAUCGCCAGGCUGCCGAUCAAAGGGGUGAUCUUUCCGCAGUGACCAACGCCAUGACAGGAAUGAGCCCCUCCCCGUCGAUUUCCGCUCUGUCCAGCCGCGCCGGCUCCAUCGCCAACCUCCACGAUCGCAUCUUCAGCCCGGCCAGCGAAGAGACCAUUGAAAGGCUCAAGGAAACGGAAAAAAUAAUUGCAGAGCUCAAUGAGACAUGGGAGGAGAAGCUGCGCCGUACAGAAGCCAUCCGCAUGGAGAGAGAGGCCCUCCUGGCUGAGAUGGGUGUUGCUAUGAGGGAGGAUGGAGGCACUGUGGGUGUCUUCUCCCCUAAAAAGACGCCUCAUCUGGUGAACCUGAACGAGGACCCGCUCAUGUCCGAGUGUCUGCUCUAUUACAUCAAAGACGGCAUCACCAAGGUUGGCCGUGAAAAUGCUAAGACUCGGCAAGACAUCGUCCUCAGCGGCCAUUUCAUUAAAGAUGAACAUUGCACUUUCAGCAGCACCACCGGCCCACAGGGAGAAGGGUGUGUUGUCCUUGAGCCUUGUGAGGAGGCAGAGACCUACGUCAAUGGGAAGAGAGUGACAGCACCCACUGUUCUGCGGUCCGGGAACCGCAUCAUCAUGGGGAAAAGCCACGUGUUUCGCUUCAAUGACCCUGAGCAGGCCCGCCUGGAGCGAGAGAGGACGCCGUGUGCAGAGACGCCGGUGGAGCCCGUUGAUUGGGCUUUUGCUCAGAGGGAGCUGCUGGAGAAACAAGGCAUCGACAUGAAGCAGGAGAUGGAGCAGAGGCUUCAGGAGCUUGAAGAUCAGUACCGUAAAGAAAGAGAAGAAGCCAGUAACCUGCUGGAGCAGCAGAGACUGGACUAUGAGAGUAAAUUAGAGGCCCUUCAGAAACAAGUGGACUCCCGGUACCUGGAGUCACCAGAGGAGGAGGAGGAGCCUGAGGAGGAAGUCCCGUGGACUCCGCGCGAGACCGAGCUGGCGCUGUGGGCUUUCAGGAAGUGGCGUUUCUACCAGUUCACCUCCCUCAGGGAUCUACUCUGGGGCAAUGCCAUCUUCCUCAAAGAGGCCAACGCCAUUAGCGUGGAGCUGAAGAAGAAGGUGCAGUUCCAGUUCGUGCUGCUGACAGACACCCUGUACUCUCCGCUGCCUCCCGACCUGCUGCCGCCCAGUGUUGCCAAAGAGAGGGAGAGACGACCGUUCCCUCAAACGAUCGUGGCAGUUGAAGUACAAGAUCAGAAGAAUGGAGCCACACAUUACUGGACUCUGGAAAAACUCAGGCAGAGGCUGGACCUGAUGAGGGAGAUGUACGACCGCGCUGCGGAGUUGCCCAGCAGCGCUGUGGAGGACUGUGACCACGCCCUGACGGGAGGAGACCCCUUCUACGACCGCUUCCCGUGGUUCCGUCUGGUCGGCAGGGCUUUCGUGUACCUGAGCAACCUGCUGUAUCCGGUUCCGCUGGUGCACCGCGUGGCCAUCGUCAGCGAGAAGGGAGAGGUGAAGGGUUUCCUCAGAGUGGCUGUGCAGGCCAUCUCAGCUGACGAGGAGGCCCCUGAUUACGGCUCUGGAGUGAGGCAGUCGGGCACUGCCAAGAUCUCUUUUGAAGACAAACAAUUUGAGAAGUUCCAGACUGAGUCUUGUCCUAGUGCCAUGUCGCACUCCAACACCUCCCAGGAAGAGCUGCGGAUUGUGGAGGGAGAAGGACAAAACUCUGAGUUUGGAAUCUCUGCAGAUGAAGUCAACAACAACACGUGUGAAGCCCUGGAGUCUCCUCGCAGUCCUGUGAAGAGUUUGAGUCUGGGCAUGGACCUGCCCCUGGAGCUGUCUCCAGAGAAAGCUCUCUCUCACCUGAAGAUUGGCAGCACCUUCACCUUCAGAGUCACCGUCUUACAAGCAUCCAGCAUCUCAGCAGAAUAUGCAGACAUAUUCUGCCAAUUCAACUUCAUCCACCGUCAUGACGAAGCUUUCUCCACUGAGCCACUGAAGAACACUGGCAGAGGACCUCCGCUGGGCUUCUAUCAUGUACAAAAUAUCACAGUGGAAGUGACCAAGUCUUUUAUGGAGUACAUCAAGACUCAGCCCAUUGUCUUUGAGGUUUUCGGACACUAUCAGAAACAGCCCUUCCCCCCACUCUGCAAAGAUUUGAUCAGUCCGCUGAGACCAUCCAGGAGGCAGUUCCCACGAGUGAUGCCAUUAUCCAAACCAGUGCCAGCCACCAAGCUCAACACCCUGACUCGCUCCACUGCAGGACCUUGCCAUGCAAAAUACGACCUCAUGGUCUUCUUUGAGAUCUGUGAGCUGGAAGCUAACGGAGACUACAUCCCAGCUGUCGUCGACCACAGAGGUGGGAUGCCGUGCCACGGGACAUACCUCUUACAUCAGGGCAUUCAGCGACGGAUCACAGUAACCAUUGCCCACGAAACAGGACAUGAUAUUGAGUGGAAAGAGGUGAAGGAGCUUGUUAUUGGACGUAUUCGAAACACUCCGGAGGCCGACGAGACCAUCAUAGAUCCCAACAUCCUUUCUCUCAACAUAUUGUCCUCCGGAUACUUUUGGCCAAAACACGACGACAACGUAUCCUUGGGAGUUGAUCAUAGAACGUUUUACCGAUUCGAGGCAGCGUGGGACAGCUCCAUGCACAACUCUCUGCUUCUCAACAGAGUCACUCCGUACGGGGAGAAGAUCUACAUCACUCUCUCUGCUUAUCUAGAGAUGGAGAACUGCACUCAGCCGACGGUUAUCACCAAAGACUUCUGCAUGGUAUUUUACUCCCGGGACACAAAGCUGCCAGCUUCCCGCUCCAUCAGAAACCUCUUCAGCACAGGCUGCCUCCGGCCUUUGGAGAGUAACCGUGUCACUGGAGUUUAUGAAGUCACUCUGUGCUAUGUAGCAGACAAUGGAAGCCCAGGCAUGCAGCGCCGCCGCAGACGAGUGCUUGACACCUCGGUGGCGUACGUGCGGGGAGAGGAGAACCUGGCCGGGUGGAGGCCUCGCAGUGACAGCCUCAUCCUUGACCAUCAGUGGGAGCUGGAGAAACUCAGCUUGCUGCAGGAGGUGGAGAAGACCAGGCACUACCUGCUGCUGAGGGAGAAACUGGAGGCGACUCUGCAGGCGGGACAAGACGCACUUUACAAGAGCGGCGACAUCGGCGACUUUGCCAGGACUCCCUCCAUCACCAACAGUCCCGGCAGCGGCCCCGACAGCCCCAACCAGAGGCAGAGGGAGCUCGCUGCUAAGUGUCUGCGUCUGCUGAUGCACACCUUCAACAGAGAGUACAGCCAGGUGAGCAGCAGUGCCAGUGAGAGCAAGCUUUCUGAGAUGUCAGCAUCGCUCAUGAGAGAAGCAUCCUCGUCUACACUGAGCACGCUCACUCCCUCCUCCACCUGCCCCUCCCUGAUCGACGGACAUUACGACAGCAGACUCACUGAUCCUGGUUCGGGGGCAUCCACACCAGACCUGGACCCGUACAGCCCCGUGGACAGAAAGAAAGCUCUCAAAGGAUGCUCCUUUGUUCCUGACAUACAGGAGAUCCGUGUCAGUCCGAUUGUGUCAAAGAAAGGUUAUCUGCACUUCUUGGAGCCGCACGCCAGUGGCUGGGUGAGGCGUUACGUUGUGGUGCGCAGGCCCUACGUUUACCUGUACCGCAGCGAGAGGGACAGCGUCGAAAGAGCUGUCAUCAACCUUUCAUCUGCCAAGGUGGAAUACAGUGAAGACAAACAAACAUUACUGCGGACUCCGAACACAUUUGCUGUGUGCACUGAGCAUCGUGGGAUCUUAUUGCAGGCCACCAAUGACAAAGAGAUGCAUGACUGGCUGUAUGCUUUUAACCCUCUGUUAGCCGGCACCAUCAGGUCAAAGCUUUCCAGAAGAAAGUCGAUCCAGUCGGUCCCAUCUGCUCAGAGGAUGUGAGAGGUGAACCAGCCUGGAGGAAAACAAUACCCAUUACAAUCUAAAAGCUCAGCUCAGAAUCCUGCUCUAAUGAACUUCAACAUUAUAAUGAACCUAUCCUAUGUUAUGACUCUGCCUCUGUCCCAAAAAACAAAACAAAAAAAUCACUUGAUUGCUCAGUCAAAAAAAAACAAAAAAAAAAAACAUCCUUCGUCUGAUUUUACAGUCACCUCCUCGAACCCUGCAUGGUGUGCUCCUUUCUGUCCUGUAGAUGAAUUAAUGAGUAAAAACUAAACUCCCACACCCAUCGAUUAACUUACUGCAGCUGGGCUUCGGGACUAGGUCUUAUUAGCUGUCAUAUACAUAUAGGCGUAAGUUGAGGUUAGUAUCUAGCAAGCCCUUUAGGUCAACUAUCAGUACUGAAAAAGGUCCCAGUAGUAAACCAAAUGUGAACGAUUUAUUGGAUCUGGGAAAGAGUGAAGGGAGAACAUCAAAGCAGAUGUUUCUCUAUAUGGACUGAGUUAAGUGCAGAGAUGAUAGUUCCAUGUACAUCUACAGUACCAUACAGAUGCUGUACAUUACCUCAGUUUGGGUUGGUUUGGUGCCCUACAGCACAGUGUUUCACUGCAGAGGUUUCAAAUAGCAAAGGAAUAAAUUGUUAAUCAUCAUUUGAACACUUUAGUAGCAUGGGAAGGUAUUUGUUAGGACUAAUGGGUAAGCUGUUGUCUCUGUGUCAUUUUUUUUUGUAUUUGUUUUAUGAAAACUGAGUUUGUUGGCUUGACUAAGGCAAAAUAAUUCACAAUAAGGAGAGAUAACCUAUGUCCUUCCCUUGCGCUUGUAUAUGCUUAAACCCUAGCAGGUGUUAUCAUGAAAGAAAAUUUAUUAUCACUGUUGUGAGUUUUCUGCACUUUUUUUUUUCUUUUUGUGACAAGACCACUAACAGUUUUGUUGCAUGGCACUUUAUUGUUUUUUAUUGAAUUAACAUAUCACUUACUCUGUUGUUUUAACCAAAGCACUGUUUUCCCAUGAAUUGCUUUUUUUUUUAUUAUUGCAAAUUGCUGUUGUGUUAGCAGGCAGUUCUGAGGGACAACAGGCUUUUAAACCGAUAGUUCGACAGUUAUUGGAAUUCACUUUGAAAUACUCUCACGUGGGGUGAAGAUGCCAAGAUGAAUGUUGCUCUGAUGCUCAGAUGAGUGGUUAAGAAGACUCUCCAGGGGAGGAUUUGAAUGUCCCAAUGCAAAGUUAGGAGACAAAGGGAAUCAGAAAGCCUGGCUCUGGCACCAGUAUUUAAAACAGGCCUUAUUCUACCUGCGAUCAGUAAAAAAACAGCUAUCACUAGAGAAGGUUAAAUUCUUUUUUGCUCGCUUUGUAGAGGGCUAGCCUGUUGGUGUCCCUAGUGUUUUUGUGCUAAGCUAUUCAUGCCCUUGCUUCGGUCUCAUAUUUAACAGAGCGCUAUAGGAGAGAGUAAUCAGUCCGUUUGUUUCCUUGCACUUGGGUGAAGACCAACCACGAUACACCUUAGCUUGAUGCAGGACCUACAUAGCUUUUCUUGAACUCCUGGUAAGAAAAGAAAAAAGUAAAUGAUAUUUUAUAUGAAAAGAACUUUUAUUAUUAUGUUUAUUUAUUUAUUUAUUUAAUUUAAUCAAACAAGCACUUAUUCUGUUGGUUGUUGCCCAACUGACUUGCUGCAUCCAAUAAGUUAACUCUUUCCUCUUGUAGCUCAGUAGAAAGGCCUAAUUGGUGAUUGAUUGUGGACCUGUAAACAGUUGAGGGCAGUUGUUUUGCUCAGACAAAAGCAUUUUCCAUGCACCAGAGAGUGCCUCCCUUUCUUCACUUGUUUUUUUCUUUUCUCCCCCCCAUCAUCUUGAACAUUAACACUGAAGUUAAUAACACCAGUCCAAAGUUUCAAAUUUGAUGUGGAGUAACUUUAGAUGCUGUUUUCUUUCCCCUCAAUAAUCUAUGUUCAUAAUUUAGAGAAUAAAUAGUAUCAACAAUUCAUUAUAGUUACUAUCUGCAACAGUACAGAGUAUAUUUCAUUAUCAAGUGUCAAUGUUGCCUUUGUAAGCUAUCUCCUUGUUAGCUUUUGUACUAGCUUGUGGAUAUUCGGCAGCCCGAUGUGUUAGAGCUCAGUAUAGUUUGAUUGGUAUGGUGUUGUUCUGACUUUCAUGUCCAGGUAAUAUAUAUUGUUACUUUUAUCUUUCUGCACUAUACCAAGGUGGCCCCCCAAAAUUACUGUCAAAGCAAUAAAGGAGCAGAGUUAGGUUAUGUAGGAAAAAAAGUAAUGUUAGUAAUGUCAAUAUUCAAUUCUUCACCUACUGAGAUUGAUAUAACGUAUCUUUCAGAGGAAAAGAAAAUACCAACGGCAUGGUCAGUCAGCCAGUCAGCCUUUGCAAAGUUCCUCUGGUCUCUUUUCCGGCUUUUCCAAACUUGUUUGAAAAACCCGCUUGUGGUCAGAAAGCAGAAAAGCUGUAGGACCCUGUGUGCCACAGGCCAACCAACCUGUUGAGCAAUGCAGUGUUUUACAUGAAUUAUUUAAAAAAAAACAAAGAAAAGAAAAGCAUUCCUUAUUUAUUAAUUAUUUCGGAUACGUUUUUGGGUCAUCUUGGUAUAAUCGCCUUUAACAUGUCCAAGUAUAUACUGUGUUGUCUGCUGGUACAGAAGACAAAUGGAAAGUUUUAUUUCUAAGCUUUGAAAGCCUUUAUUAUCUUCUGUUACUUUAUUGCACAUAUGUACAAAGCAUCUUUAUGUAAUAUUAUUUUCUACCCUGGUGUUUUUGAAAUAUUUGGAAAAGAUGUUUUCAAAAAGAAAUUUUGGUCCUGAACUUAAGGAGAAGAGGAUUGGAGACAUAUUAGCUUCAACAUUUUAAAGCAGCUCAACUGCAUCAGAUUGCAUUAACUUUUUAGGUUACAAAAGAUAGUACCAAGGGUGUGACGAUAAAAACACUUUGUGAGACAGUUUCAGUGUGCUCAUUAAUCGUUGAAAGGUACACAAAUCUAUUUUUUGUUAUUGCUUUUAAACUGUCAUAUCUGUGGAUUAAAGCAUGUAAGUAGACGUGUCUUCAGCUGACCCCUGUCCCUCUCUCCUGCCUUACUGCUUGCUAAUGACAACAGCUUUCCACUCCCGAAGUGCUGCUUGUAAAGUAUUGUCAUUCUCGAUCCUUGUAACGAAUAACUGGAAACCUUCCUCUUGGCUCUGUCUUGUACAUAAAUGAAGAUUUCUGUGUUGGGUUUCAUCACAGACGAUUUAACUGUCCUUUCCUAUCUAUACCAUGAUGAAUAUGAAUAACGGACCUGCUGCUUCGUCAAGCGUCACCGCAGAGUAAAGAGUGUUGUUCAGGUACCAGAUUCGCGCAGCUGUUUCGUGUGGGGGAGAUCUUCACGUUGAACGAUCCCAGGUCUCUCUACUCUCGCUUGGAGCUGCUUGACAGAAGCAACGACAGGUUUCAGCCUGUGACAAAGUCUUAAUCUCAGUGCUCAUGUUUAUCUUUUGAGUGUUCUGGAAUUUUUUUCUCAAAUCUGUGGACACAUAACAAAAGUUGUCAAGAAAAAAAGUAAGGAAUAAAUAAAUGAGUGUUGAAAAU